ACAAAGUAUGACCUAAACCUCAGAUAUAUUCAUCGGUCGAGGAUCACUUCAAUUUGCAGCAAUCAACUCGCAUCGGAUAUCCUUCCAGGAACAAUUCAAGGACGACCACCCACCAAUUGCCUUCGACAGCACCUGCAUGAUGGGUCGACUCAGUUACCCCCCGCAGCUAGACAGUCCCUCGAGGCAACUUAUGCGCGAUUUAACCCGGGACCUCGAGCAGCUGCGGGUCCAUAACACCGAGUUAAAAAAGGUUAAAGCUUACGAACGGCGCUCUUUUUACGAGAACCUCGAUCGACUUGACAGUGAGCUUGAAGCGCAGCAUAAUGCAGCUCUCGACAAAGUUGCCGCGCUCCAUGACCAAGUGUUGGAGGAGGCGGAGGAAACCCUACGAGCGCAUGAGAGGGCGGUGGAGGAGGAGAACCGCCGGAAGCAGGAAGAGGCUCGAAGAGAGGCGGAGCGAAAAGAGCGCGAGAGGCUAGAGAAGCUCCGUCGCGAACAGGAGGAGCAGGCGCGACGAGAGGCCGAGCGCAAGGCUGCCGAAGAAGCUAGACAAAAGGCCGCCGAAGAGGCAGAGAGGAAGAAACGCCUAGAGCUGGAGGAGCGGGAACGAAAGGAACGGGAACGGUUGGAAGAAGAGAAUCGGAAGCGUCAAGCGGAGGCUCAAAAGGCAGAACAGGAAGCUGCACGGCUCAAAGCAGAAGCGACCCAAAGAGAGCAAGCAGAGCGACAGAAACGACUGGGCGGGGGUCGCUUGACGGAUGAGGAGGUCAAAACUCACCAGCGAUAUGUUGAGCUGCACCAACAUUUGAAGAAAUUCCGCCAGUAUCUCAAAGACCAGUCGAAAACCGACCCCAUUGUCAAGCAAAAUAUGGGGGAGAUGCGGCGAGCAAUCAAGAAAUGUGUGGGUCAGCUACGGGAAGGCAAGGGCACAAACAAGGGCCAGACUCAGGAAAUCCGUGCUACACUCGAGAAGGCCGCUACCAUCGCAGAACCGUCUGUGGAUAUUCGCCAAUUUCUCGCCUUUCCACCAGAAGACAUUGCCAACUCCGAAGACAGCAAGGUGCCUGCUCUCCUGAUUUACGCACUGAACAUCUUCUCCAAAUGUCUUAUUUCAUCCCUUCUCACGGAAGCAUCAAUUAACCCCGGCCAUGCGGAGCCCAUCGGCAUUAUCGCAGCCCAAAUAUUUUCCAUGGAUGCGUUCAUCUAUAAAGGCUGCCACAUGGUUGAUAUCCUUUGGGCGAAAUACCGGGUGGUAUGCCCCGCACUAUGGGGAUUCUACGGCAAUGAGAAGACGGAAGCCGGUAGACGUGCCCUUGGAUGGUGGCGUGAAAGUCCAGAUGGCCCCUUUGUCAGUGAACAGGGUCAUGCAGACCGGAUGACUGCACUUGGGGCCGGUUUUGCCGCGCUUAGCCUACGCAACUUCGGCAAGACCGCGCGUAAAAAUCCCUUCCCCAACACUCUCUUCUGGUACUCGAUGCAGAAAAUCCUCAACAUCCCUCCAAGCGAAAUCCAGGAGACCCACAUGACCCUCCUUUCCGCCAUGCUGAAGUCCUCCGCGGAAAGGAUCGUUGGUUUCUUUGGACACAUCGGUGUAGCUCUGAUGAGGAAGGCAAUAGUCGAACUACCCAACAACUUCACUCGUCAAAGUAUGGCGGUAAGCCAGUUGAAACUUCUCCAGGACUUGUAUAGGCGGGAGAAGAAUAUCAUCAUCUGAGCGAUAGCCAAGGGGACCCUUGAUCUGGAAGUCGACUUCACUCUCGGUGAAUCCAACUUGCAAGCAAACAGUGGACGCCCGUGGAGCAAAUCCAAAAUUUCUAUAGCGAGAGGUCAAGAGUCGCAUGAGGCAUGCAACGAGCUUGAUUGACAAUGCUGGACUCUCGGAAGACUAAUAUGCACGAUUGGGUUUCAAAUACACACUCAAAGGGUGCGCAUUUCAGCUUACUUUGCUUACCGUCGUCCCCGAUCUCAGAUACUUAGGUGCUUGUCAUUGAAAGCAGCCCGUGAUUUGGGGUUGUGAUCUUUCU